AUGGCUGGGAUUCCUUCUUCAUUACGUGAAUUAUUUUAUUCUUUUUCUGACGGAAAUGGAAUGAACAAUGAAACAUUAGCUGAUACAAGUGAACAAGUUUAUAUUUCUCCUUUGGCUCUUUUAAAAAUUUUGAAGCAUGGACGAGCUGGAGUUCCAAUGGAAGUUAUGGGAUUGAUGCUGGGUGAAAUUGUUGAUGAAUAUACAAUAAGAAUUGUUGAUGUUUUUGCAAUGCCACAAUCAGGUAACAGUGUAAGUGUUGAAGCAGUUGAUCCUGUAUAUCAAACAAAUAUGUUAGAAGAAUUAAAAAAAACGGGAAGACAUGAAAUGGUUGUUGGAUGGUAUCAUUCUCAUCCAGGUUUUGGUUGUUGGUUAUCAGGAACUGAUGUUAAUACUCAAAAAAGUUUUGAACAAUUAAAUCCAAGAACCAUUGGAGUAGUUGUUGAUCCAAUCCAAUCAGUUAAGGGAAAAGUUGUAAUUGAUUGUUUUCGCUUAAUCAAUCCACAUAUUUUAAUGCUAGGACAAGAACCAAGACAAACAACUUCUAAUAUAGGUUAUCUAACGAAACCCACAUUAACAGCUUUAGUUCACGGAUUAAACAGAAAUUAUUAUUCCAUUGUUAUUAAUUAUAGAAAGAACGAAUUAGAAAAAAAUAUGCUUUUAAACUUACAUAAAGAUAUUUGGGCCAAACCUUUAAAGUUACUCGAUUUCUUUGAACAAAAAAAAGAUUCAGAUGAUAUGUUAGAAAGUAUCAAAAAAUUAACAAACCUAUAUAAUAAAAGUGUUAGAAAUGAAAUGAAAAAAACUAAUGAAGAAAUUCUUCUAGAAAAUAUUGGAAAAAUUGAUGCUAAAAAAAGAAUACAAAACUCCGUUGAAACAUUAUUAAACGAUUCUAUCCUUACAUGCAUAGGUACAAUGGCAAAUACGCUAUUUUUUUAA